GGGAGAGGUGGGAGAGGAGAGAGUGAGUGUGUGCAGACGACAACAUGGCCAGCAUCUGAUAUCGACUUGGCCAUGUAUUCUGACGGUUUCUGCUUCAAAUUAUGACAUUCUGCUCACCUGCUAUUACCAGAUGCACAUAAAGCAUUGGUGGUGCUGAGCGGACUCAUUCACCGGCAUGACAGCUGUGAUGGCCGCUGGAGACUCAGGUAGCCUGUCGCUGGGUGGGUUAUUGUCCUCCCUGGAGAAGGCAAGAGUCCAGCUAGACAGCGAUGAAGAGGAUUUUGGUUUCCUGGCAGACCUGCUCAAGUCCCGGGAGCUCCAGGCCCUUGUUAAUGUACAUAACAAGUUUCCUCUUUCUCAGAUCAACCGCACCCGGAAGACAUGCCAGGCCCUCAUGUCCAAUGCAGAGGAGAUCGGAAUCUCUAUAAUGAAAGAGAUUCAUGGCUGCACCAUUCCCACGGGAGACGCCAUUGAACUGUUUGCCAUCUUGCAGUCUCCACACCUACAGGGCGUCCUUCAGGCUCACGACAGCAUUGCAGCGAAGGACUUUGCUCCACACCUGCCAGAGAUACCUGUAGAAGUGGAUGAGGAUGAAGAGACAGUCAAGAUUGUACAGUUGGUGAAGAGCAAUGAGCCGAUGGAAGGAAAGGGAGCAGAGCCAAUUGUGGGAGCCACCAUCAAGCAGGAUGACCGCACUGGUGCCAUUAUCAUUGCCCGCAUCAUGCAUGGAGGUGCUGCGGACCGCUCAGGACUCAUCCAUGUUGGGGAUGAGGUGCUGGAGGUGAACAAUUUCAAUGUGGUGGGCAAGACACCAGCUGAUGUCCAUAAGAUCUUAAUGCAGGCGGAGGGCACCAUCACCUUCAAGCUGCUUCCGGCUGGCAGUUCGGCUCACCUGCGGGAGAGCAAAGUGCGGGUCCGUGCCUACUUUGACUACGACCCCAAAGAGGACAAGCACAUUCCAUGCAAAGAGGCAGGACUUCCCUUCAAGAAGAUGGAUAUCCUGCAUAUAGUGACCCAAGAUGAUCCUUACUGGUGGCAGGCAAGGAAGGAAGGUGACCGGAACAUGAGGGCUGGACUCAUUCCUUCACGGCAGCUUCAGGAAAGACGCAUCCUUGCUCACCGCCAGGACCAGACUGCCAAUGGACAGAUUGCAGGCUGCAUUCUUCCCAAGUCUCCCAGCUGCCGACCAUCGCCCAAGGUGAAGAAGAUAAUCUACGAUGCUUCAGAGAGCGAGGACUUUGACCGGGAGGAGGUGCCCACAUAUGAGGAAGUGGCACGCCUCUACCCUCGCCCUGGUCUGCCCCGACCUGUGGUGCUGAUUGGUCCACCAGGGGUCGGCCGCAACGAACUCAAACGACGCCUGGUGGCUCUUGAUGUGGAUAAGUACAGAACACCUGUGCCUAUGACCUCACGGCCUCCCAGACCUGGUGAGGUUAACAACAGGGACUAUCAGUUUGUUACACGGGAUGAACUGGAGGAGGAGGCAGCAGCAGGCACUCUGGUGGAGCAUGGGGAGUUCAAGGGCCACCUGUAUGGUACCUCGGCAAUCACCCUCAAGAGCAUGAUCAAUGCUGGCUAUGUUGUGAUACUUACUCCUCACUACCAGGCCCUCAAGUACCUGAGAACUGCAGAGUUCAAACCCUACGUGAUAUAUAUCAAGCCUCCUACUCUGGCUGUGCUCAAGGAAACAAGACUGGCAGCUCAUGCACGCUCAACCUUUGAUGAAAAUAACUCCAGGGGUUUCACUGAGGAUGAGUUCAAGGACAUGCUGAAAGCAGCAGCUAGGAUAGAAUUCCACUACUCCCACUGGUUUGAUGAGGUGGUAGUGAAUGAUGAGCUCUCUUCUGCCUUUGAGCUCCUUGUCACAGCCGUCAACAGGGUGGAGACGGAGCCACUGUGGGUCCCUGCCUCUUGGGUGCAAUAAUCCCUGACAUUUGGUGGUGCCUUCCUGGCACACUCUGUCUGUUAAGUGGUUGAAAGUUGAGAGCCCAUGUAGGUGGGUGAGAAGUAAUGCUAUAUUGGUAUAGUAUUCUUGAAUGUACAUAGGACUAAAAUAGGUUUACAGUCUCAUUAUUGUUUAAAUUGACAGUUAAAAGUACAGUUACCAAGAAUUGAUCAUCUGCUAUUGUUUGUCACUAAAAGUCAGGAACAAUGAUGUGGAGACCUUUAACAUUUGCAGAUGGUUAAUUUUUGUGUGUACGUCUCAUCAAAACCUGCUAGAUUAAUGUUCUGUCACAUGAGUGCAUCUCCAACUCUGGCAACACAUUCCACAAGUCAUGCCAGGGAGAGAGGCAUUAUAAUGGUCAACCCAUUGUCAGUAAAUCAACACUUAAAACUGUUUAUCACCUCACUCUGAUAUUUCUGUCAAAUAAGUCAUGCCAUUGGAAAUACAGUUGUGGACUAGAGCUUACUCCUGAGUGUUAGGAUUAGGAAUGUACUGAUUUACCAGUAUUGAUAUUGAUAGUAGCAACCUAUUUCUGGAUGGCCAGUAUCCAAUGUUGCUGAUGGUUUGACUGCCUUCAAGUCUCUUUACCUACUUGUUUAUAUAGCUUAUUUAUUAUUUCUUGUGUGUAUGUAUAUGUGAGCAGCAGUCAUAAUCCAUCUAUUUCCUUUGUGCUUCACUAGAUGCAGCAGAUCCCAGUCAGCUAUUUAACUGAGAGAUGCAUUGAGCUCUUUGAUUUUUUUUUUUUUUUUUUUUUUUUUUUUUUUUUUUUUUUUUUUUUUUUUUGUCUCCUUAAUCUUGGUCAGUUUUACCUUUUGAGUUUCAGUGUGGAUAUGGACAAGAUGGAAAAUGAACUACAGGACUGAUGGACUGUUGGUGGAUGAUAUAUAAAGCAAGUCAUGCAACCUGACUUUUGAUUAAUAAGUUCACUUUUCAGUAGUAGGUGCUCAUUUUGUGGGUUUACACAUAACUUGGGUUUCUUAAAGGCAAGUGAUUGGCUCUUGUCUGAAGCAGAGAAUCAGAGAUACAAGUAUGUGCAGCAGACAUGGCAACAUGGUGUUCUGCUUCUACGAGUAUUUUCCUUUCCCUGCAAUACCAUCACAUGCAGUUCAUGAUAUUUGUUUUGUUUGUAAUAGUUUGAUGAUUCUCAUGACUUUGCCUUGCUGUCACUUGUGUUUGUAUGAUGUUACUUCUCUUCAUGUGGAUUGCUGCUGCAUGAAUUUAAGUCAACUGGUUUAUCAAUUAUUACAUCUUUAAUCUUUGGGUAAUGUAGAACUGUGCAUGAAUAUUGGUGUGUAUCAGUAUCAGCAAAGUAUUGGAGUAUUAAUAUUAUUAUCCACUCAGGAAUGAGUAUCGGUAUCAUUAUUGGUAAAAGAUAUUGGUAUCAGUACAUUCCUAGUCUGUAUUGUUUGAAAUAGUGGUGUAGUCAACUAUUAUGACCGCGUGGAAGCAAAUGCAAUCAGGAAUAAUCCCGGUUAGUUUGUGUAUUUUUAGGCUCUUUGACCUCCCAUUCCAUGUACUGUGCAUCAAAGCUGCCAAAACUACACUAGAAACAUACAAGUUACAGGCUGACACACAAAGACUGUUGUCAAAAUGGUGAAGAUUGAGGAACAAUAAGAUAGUGCCAUGACAUCAGAAAUGCAGAUUGUGGCAGUUGUUGUGGGUUAGUGCAGCAAUAACAACUCUCGUCAUGUAACACAUGCCAAGAGGAGGUUGUCAGGGGAGAUGUAGAGUUCCUCACCAUUUGUGGUAGCAAGUACUAGUGUGGUGUUGAGACUCGGCCCUCAGCCAUUACAUCUCUCUUUACUUUUUGGUUUGUGCCUUUCUUUUUGUGGAGUGUGGAAUGGAUAAAAACAUACAUACACUGAUAAAACAAGCAUUAAUUCACACAUAUACAUACAUAACCUGUCUUUCUUGUCGUUAACCUAGCUAUAGCCCUUCAAAGAGUAGUAGGGAUGUAGUGAGUGGUUGGCUGGCUUUCCCUUGUUACCUGGCCAGCUGCCUUGCUAUGUACUUGUACAGAAACAUUUAUUAUGAUACAUUGUCUUCAAGCAGUGCUGAGGCAAAAAAGAAAAAAAAAAUCUCAUAAGUGUGUGUGUGUGUGUGUGCGUGCAUGUGUGUGUGCAUGCAUUUGUGUGUGUGUAAUAAAUAAUGCCUCAGCUAUUAAUGAAUGGAAUGUCAGAGAGGGAAGUAGAGUAUGUAUUACGUUAACUAUUAUAGUGAGUGGACAUUUUAAACUUCAGCCAAAGUUUGGAAUCUCAGUACAGGAGUGACUUACUGCAGUAUACCUUGUCUUGACCUCUUCCUUAGGAAAUUGUUGCAUGCUUUGUUAUCACAGUGACCUAAGGGUGUAGAGAAUAACCAUUUAUGUUGGCCUCUUUCCUUUAUGUGUUUAUAUUUCUACAUUUCUAUUUAGCUUUGUACUUCGUUUUCAAUCUAUUCAAUUCUUAUUUUCUCAGCAUCAUUAGGAGCCAUCAUCAUCAUUAUCAUUAUUAUCAUCACCACCAUUAUAACCAUCAGCAUCAUUAUCACAUUACAGGUGGCAGUGGGGAGUGGUCAUAGUACAAAGAUAUUGAAUGUGCACGGCAGCAUUCCAAACCUCGUGGUGGUAGAUGUAUUAGACAUUUGUAGAGUGAAGUGCAAAUGGCAGGCGUGUGUUCUUCAGCCCCCUUAGCCCAGUGAAGUGAAGGAUAAGGGGUAGUGUGUGAAGGAUGUGUGGCAGGCAUGUUUUGUUCAGCCUCUCUAGCCCCGGGGAAGUGAAGGAUGAGGAACAGUGUGUGAAGGAUGAGUGGAAGGCAUGUGUUGUUCAGCCUUUUCUAGACCUGGGGAAGUGGAGGAUGAGUGGCUGGUGUGUGCUGUUCAGCCUUUUCUAGACCAAGGGAAGUGGAGGAUGAGGAGCGGUGUGGAAGGAUGAGUGGCUGGUGUGUGCUGUUCAUUCCCUCUAGGCCGAGUGAAGUGAAGCAUGAGGGGCAGUGUGGUCCAUCAAGAAGUGCUGGCUGGGAGUGACCACUGAUGCCUCAAUCAAAAGUAACUCAGACAUAGUUGGCUCUGAUUAUCACAUUGUCAUCAUUAUCUCUCUCUCCCCUCCUGCAACCUAAAAGCUGCCUUAUGUAGAUUCAGGAGCUAGUUUUUUGUAGUCUCUUUUUCUAUGUUCUUUUUAUCUUAUUUUUAUAGUAUUUUCAUAAAAUAUACUUGUAUACAGUUUUGCAGAUGUUCACAGUAUAUCAGACAAAUUUUUUUGCUAUUGUUGUAUUGGUAGUGAUGUGACAUUUCCUUUGGUCAUUAAUGGUGGGUGAUAUGCUUUUCCUUUUCACUAGCAGGGCCAGUCAGGGAAGGCAGAAGGAACUCUAGGAAGAUUGCUGUUCUAAAACCAUAUCUCUCUCCAUGCUUACUAAAUUACUUUCAAUGUGAUCAUGAAUACAGAUUUUUCUUUUCCCACAAGAUGAGAUUUAGGGCAGUGUUUUUGUUUCACCACUGAUUCCCACUUCAUUCAUGCUGUGGGAAAAGAAUGAUUACAGAUAGACUUUCUUUCAAGACAAGAUUGUCAGGUGACUUAUAAAUGUUCCCUGAUUAUGUGUAUAUAGAAUGACAUUGACCAGACAUCAUACCCUGAAUGUCUGUUGUCUGCUUCUGAUCUACCAAAUGUGUCAAACAAGCACAGUUGUUAUUUCAUAUAUUACAUAGAGGAGCCUGUUGCUUUUCAUACUCAACAGAAUCUCAUUUCAAACUUUGUGUAUUCUGCUUUGAUUUAGUGGGCUCUUGUUGUUAUUGUUAUUUUUUUAUUACUAUCCCCUUCAAAACUUUAAGUGGAUGUGGCUUCUUUGAACCUGUGACAAAGAGCAAGGGAGAGAGAAAGAGAGGUGGAUGUUAUGGCUUUAAAUGACAAUGUUUCACUAAAUCUGUUACAAUUUAUACUCAUCACUGCUUUCGAGAUUGUUGUUUGGUGGUGGUUCUUGAUAUUUGUGUACAAAAGCAGUUCCAUGGAAAUUUACACACACACACACACACACACACACACACACACACACACACACACACACACACACACACACACACACACACACACUUACAAAUCAAAUUACCACUCCAACAUUUAACCUGUAAGUAUGUAUACAUUUGAAACUUUGCCCAGAAUCUCAGAUCUGAUUAAGUAUUGCCUUUGCUCCACAGUUGGUAGCUAGUGACAAAGUUUGUUGAUUUACAUUUUACAACACAGCAUUGUGCAACAAUAUACUGUACUGUAGUAGACAUAAUGUGUUGUCUUUUGAAUAUGAAGAAUAUGUACUGGUGGUGUGUGUGUUAUGUACAGAUUUGUAGUGAAGAGCGUAGGUAAGUCCAUAUCAUUGGUUAUUUAUAUACUUACAGUUGACAGGUAGGCAUGCAAUAAGGAUGAUUGUGCUCACACAUGGCAGUUGCACCAAAGAAGUAACAAGAGCAGACUGGCAUUUAGCCAGGAAACAAGUGAAAAAUACUUUAAUGUCUCCCAAGAUAACUGCUGCCCUGGCUGGCUGGCUGGCUGGCUGCUGUGACACUGUGAUUUCUUGCUGAGAACCUAAGAAGUGGAGACUCAGGAUGACAUUCAUAUCUCACUGUUUUCUGCCAGAAUGCAAGGUAAUGGUGCUGCAGAUUGCACCUUGAAGUUACUGUGUGUUUACACAUUCACUCUUUGUGCACAUUUAGUGGCCUGGUGCUGCAAUAGUAUGCAUUCUCUGCUCACUAUCAGAUUUAAAUUCAUGGUGGGAUGCAGACUUUGAACAAUUGGACUUGCCUCCUUUCACGUCAUAGAGAAUAGUGAUGGGACAGGCUGAGAGGCUGUGACCUUGUAAUGUAAUAACCCUCUCAGAAACCUAGUCGACAUACCCUAAGCCAUCAUGGUGAGGUAUAUGGCUUAACCCUUCUUAGCUAUUAGGGGAGGCCAGUGGAUUUAUAUAAGAUGACAAAAAAUUAUAACUUUUCUUUGUAAAUAAACCAAGGAUAUAA